CUCCUCCCUCCUGCUUCGUUUGUUGUGUCGGCUCAGAUAAGAAUCUGACAAACGUGGGCAGGGACCACCACCAUUGCCACCUCACGGUGAGCCCCUGGCUCCUGGUCUGACUGCUGGAGCUGCAUCCUGUGCAGAGCUGGUUGUGCAGCAGUGUAACGGUGGGAUAGAGGAGAGCUGCAAGGCUCAGAGACAGCGAGAAGAAGAGGAGGGGGAAAAAGGAGGAGGGGCAGGCUUUGGUGAGCUACUGGGCUUCCUCUGCCUCACAGACAAAUUUUAUUGACUUGCUAAUUGGAUGAGGCUAUCGGAGGAGAGGAUGCAGUGACCGAGAGGAGCUGCUCUCCAGAGGAGGGACACAGGCAUCGCUCAGAUCCUUAAAUCUGGGUACUUGAUCUUCUUUUCUCGUUUUUUCUUCUGCAGACAGAACAACAGAUGUUUUUGAGCAUCUCUCAGUGACCCUCUCGCCGUGCGCACAAUUUUGUGCAUGACAUUGUCGAAUGGAGGCUCCACUUGCCAGACGCUUCGUGACAAUUGAAUGAAUCCCAUUUUUGUUCCAUUCCCUUUCCUCCUUUUCUGUUGAAAUCAGAGCCUCAUCAGCUGGAGCUAUUUUUGUCAUCCGUCUUUGAUGUGAAUGGCAGCCUGAGGGAAGGAUAGAUUCUUCAUCAGAUCAAACAGUCGAGGAGCUGUGAAUGGAUAUUCUGCUGGGGACAAAAAAAAUGAAGCCUUGUUGCCAUGACUGAGGUGUGCAGAUCCUGUGAGGUCAGAGAGCAGGUGCCACCACUCCGAGGUCUGCUGUCCCAAUGAGCACGGCAGGCAACACGCAGAGACGCACCACCUACCUCAUCUCCCUCACUCUGGUGAAGGUUGAGGCAGUGCCAGAGGAUGUUGCAGGGAACCAGACGGAGGGCCUUCCAGAGGGGGAAGGGAGCCCUACGAAAGAAGAGGAGGAGAGGAGGAAGGAUGUGAGCAUUGUCCAUGAAAAGAAGGAAGAGCCUGUGUGUGUGGAGGUGGGAGAAAAAGAAAACACACAGGUGGAUGAGGAAGUGGAACAGGUGCAUCUCCAGUAUGGAAGCCCUGCUCAGAGGAAGGAGGUGGUCCAAAGGGACGCUGGACAGGUUGGCAGGAGCAAAGACACAUCUUUUGUCCAUCCGCCUGUCAGGCAAAUGGUCAAAGUGUACGGAGGAACAUCAUCUGAGGGACCCGUGCGUAGAGAGGGCCCCCGCUCAGAGGCCUUACGCCCUAAGACGGAGCGGUUCCGGGAGCCUCCCAACAUGUUCCUGAAGGGUGAAAAUGGAGCAGAGCUCAACAGUUGCUCACGCUCCAGCCUCCCCUUCUCCACCCCGCAGCAGCCUCCUCCUGUUGUGAUGAGGCCACAUGCAGGAGGGAACGCCACAUGUUGGCGGGAGCUCAGAGAGACCAACACAGGCUUGUAUCACUUUGCUAAGACUUUGGAUCGAAGGGACAACCAGCCUCCGUUAAUGGCAGCUACGUCUCUGGGGCCUUACAGGGCAUCCUGGGCCGACAGCGACGGCAGAGGAACGCUCAUCCGGCCUGGCGCGCCCAUCAGUGGAGGCUUUUCUGGCGUGAAGACCCGAGACAGCCCUCAAGGGGAGAGAUAUAAGGCGGUUUCUGUGUCUUUACCUGCACCUCCUGCCUCCGAUGUAACCAGGCCUCCGAGGAAAGGUACAAGUUGUACCCUUGACAACAGUGACUUGCACUCUUUCUCUGAGGACCUGAAGAAGGGGAAAGAGGGUCAGGGAGGAUCCAUCCAGCGAGCUCCUCCUCGUGAUCGCAAGAUGCUCAAGUUCAUCAGCGGGAUUUUUACCAAAAGUACAGCCGGCUCACCGAGCAGCAGCUCCGCACCUCCAUUCUAUCCUGCUAUGGAGAGGGGCUCGAGUGAGGAGGAAGUUGCAUGCACCAGCAAUCCAGAAUGGACCAUGAGUCAAACUGUGCAGGAACUUCAUCUGGGUGUUUUGGGAGGUCUGUGCAGUGGGAAGUCUGCGCUUGUCCACAGGCACCUAACAGGAAGUUAUCUUCCAGCGGAGAACGCAGAAGGACGGCAGUACAUCAAGGAUGUGUUGGUGGACGGACAGAGCCACCUGCUGAUAAUCAGAGAGGAGACUGAACUCCCAGCGGCUAUGUUUGCAAGCUGGGUAGAUGCUGUCAUCCUGGUUUUUAGUUUGGAAAAUGAGUCCAGCUUCCAGGAAGUUUACAAAUUCUACCACCAGCUGGCUAUGCACCGGCCCAUCAUUGAGAUUCCGUUCGUCGUCGUUGGCACUCAAGAUAAGAUCAGCAGCACCAACCCCAGGGUGAUAGAUGACGCCAAGGCCAGGCAGCUCUGCUCAGACGUGCGCCGUUGCACUUACUACGAAACCUGCGCCACAUACGGCCUCAAUGUCAACAGAGUCUUCAAUGAUGCUGCUCAGAAGAUCAUGGCAGCCAAGAAGCAGGCUGCUUUACUGGCCUCCUGUAAAUCUCUUCCCAACUCUCCCAGUCACUCUGGAGGCUCCACUCCAGUGUCUGGGGUCUUUCCUGGCCAGGCCAGUAACGGAGGUCAGAGCAGCGAUUACUCCUCGUCACUUCCCUCCACGCCUGUGAUCAGUCAUAAAGAGAUCAGCAGAACUUUGAGAGGAGAAAAACCCGAUGGUGGUGGGCCUGGGUCUGUGCGAGGAGUCCGAAGGCGCACCCCCAGGUUUGCUGGUCGGAGAGGCAGCGACUCAAACAGACGGAGUGCCGACUGUAAGGGAGACUUUGGCAGCGGACGCUUCAUCCCUGUCAAACAGGGCAUCUUGCUGAAGCGCAGUGGGAACUCGCUCAACAAAGAGUGGAAAAAGAAAUAUGUCACUCUGUCCAACGAUGGCAUACUGUCCUACCACUCCAGUGUUAACGACUACAUGCUGAACGCCCCAGGGAAAGAGAUGGACCUGCUGAGAGUCACGGUGAAGGUGCCGGGAAAGCGACCCCCCCGUGCUGUGCCCACAAGCGGCCCCCCAGCUGGACUUAACGGACGGGUCAAAGAUGCUCUGGGACCUGAGGUCCCAGUCAGUGCCAGUAGCCUCCUACAUGUGGAGGAGAUGGAGGAACUGGGAGGUGCGUUGUUCCUCAAGAGUAAUGCAGGAGUGCAGCGUUGUCCGUCAACACUCUCUAACCACGGUCAAGGCAUCGAUUCUGCUGUUGAAGGCGUCUCCAGCUCUUCCUCCACUAAAGAUGUGGGCUCUGCCUCCCCCCUGACAGACAGGAAGAAGCAUCGCAGGAAGAAGAGCACCAAUGGGAAAGGAGAUGCCACCUUGGGUCAAGCAGAUGCCAAACGCAAAAUGUGGAAACUCAAAAGUUUUGGUAGCUUAAGAAACGUAAGCAAGACAGAUGAGGAGAACUUUGACUUCCUGGUGGUGUCCAGCACCGGUCAGACGUGGCACUUUGAGGCUCAGAGCGUGGAGGAGAGGGACUCCUGGGUCCAGGCCAUCGAGAGCCAGAUCCUGGCCAGCCUGCAGCUGUGUGAGAGCAGCAAGAACAAAGAUCGUAAGAACAGCCAGAGCGAAGCCGUGGCGCUGCAGGCCAUCCGUAACGCAAAGGGAAACAACUUCUGUGUCGACUGCGACGCUCCGAAUCCGACGUGGGCCAGUCUGAACCUGGGUGCGCUCAUUUGCAUCGAGUGUUCUGGGAUCCACAGGAACCUGGGGACCCACCUAUCCCGGGUUCGCUCUCUGGCCCUUGACGACCUGCCGAGGGAGCUCACUCUGGUUCUCAGCACCAUUGGUAACCACAUGGUGAACAGUAUAUGGGAAGCCCGCACCAUGGGCCACAGGAAACCUGCGCCCGAUGCCUCGCGAGAGGAGCGUGAGUCGUGGAUCAGAGCCAAGUAUGAGCAGAAACUGUUUGUGGCGUCGAUGCCUCCUCCCACUCCCAGCGAGGGCCCAGACAUCACUCUGUCAGGCCGCCUUCUGCUGGCAGUGAUGGAGCGCAAUCUGCCCAAGCUGUUGCUCCUGUUGGCCCACUGUUCUAAGGAGGACAUCACCGCCCCGCCAGGCCUAGCGCUCCCCUCCAGGUCGCUCCUGGUGCUCCGGCUGCCUGGAUCUGCCCUGCACGCUGCCUGUCAGCAGGGUGAUGUGGUGAUGACUCAGCUCCUUGUUUGGUAUGGCUGUGAUGUCCGGUAUCGAGACACUCAGGGUCAGACGGCUUUGGCUCUGGCUCAAAACGCAGGAAGCCAGGAGUGUAUGGAUAUUCUGCUGCAGCAUGGCUGCCCCAAUGAUCUGGCCCCUCCAAUCGCCCCUUCGUCAGUGACAACCAGCUUCCCCAUUGCCGUGACAACAAGCCUGACGGUCGCUACGACACUAAAGUACCCGCAAAAGAGCAGUAGCUCCAACCUGAGCUACAGCACCUCCAGAAGAGCUGUGUCAUAAUCACCACAUGGUGUGGCGUAAUGUGUGUGUUUGAGCUUGUAGCUUUGCCCUCAUUGUUCUGUGCAUCCACUCAGACCAGCGGGACUGAUCAACACGUGGACCGACGCUGCAGCCAGGCGAGGUCGUAGGCCGAAUAGGAAUGUACCAAAACUGUUUACCAGAGUCAUCAGGCAGUCGAUCCUUCAUGAAUGAACAUCCUGCUCCAGCCUCAAACAGCUUUUCUGGGCUGCUAAAGCCCAGAAGUAAAGAACUGCAAUAAGUUUCCUCUUCGAUAGUGGGAUGUAUUCCAUUCUCAGCACAUAAACAGCAGCAGCUAUUAAUUUUGACAGUGAAUGUGAGUUUUAAAUCCAUCAGAGCUUGUCAUUAAGUGCAUAAAUUAUGUGUAAGUUGAUGUGAAAAAUGUUAGUGACUGGAAAGGAGAAUCUACUGUAUAGACAAAUACUGAUAAAAUGAUAAAAAUUUGAAAGUGUUUAAUUUCCGGUUUGUUUUUUUGUAUGAUUUUGUACAGUUGGUUCUGUGGAAAAAUAGAGAGAAACAAAAAUACCUACAAAUGUUACUCAUUGCUGUUCAGAGGUUUCCUGUACAGAGUUUUGUUUCGGAUUUUCUUUGUUCUAUUUGUUACCGAUGUGUCUGACAUAAACACUGUACAGGAUGUGAGAUUAAUGAUGCCAGCAGUAGCUCCUUAUUAAAGCCAGUGGAACAAAGGACAUUUAGAUGAAUAUGUCAAAUGAUUUUGACUGAAUGUAGACAAGAACAGAUGUUUGUUAUUUCCUAUAUUAAAAUGUUUUACAGAGGACAAAGUUUUCAGCUAACAUCACUGAUUCCUGAUGAGACUAGCAGAGAUUAAAGGUGUGUUUUCACUGCUGAAAGCAUCACAUCUAAAGAACACACACACACACACACACACACACACACACACACACACACACACACAACCUCCUGAGGACUUUUCUUAGUGGAUGAAAAUAGACAUGAAACUGAAGAAUGUUUUACAAACCUAUGAUGUAGUACUGUAAGUACUUGUUUUGACCAGAAGCUGUUUUAGUGAUGCUCACAUCCCACUUUUUUCUUUUGAUUUGGCAAUUUUUUUUUACUCAUUCAAUAAACUCCAGAGCAUUUAUUAUCAA